CUUGUAGCACUAGUUCUACAUAUGUGUGCGUCUUUGUUUUCUUCUCCUCUCUCUCCCUUCACAAUUCACAUUCAAAUAAGCCAUGGAUGUCCAUCCUUCCUCACUCUCUCCAUUUCUCACCUUCUUUUCCGGCAACCCACCUCAUCUUCCCGCCCACUUAUUCUUCUCUGAAGAUUCAAGGUGUUUAAUUUGUGUCUCAUUUCAAUGUUUGUGUGUGUGUGUGUGUGUGUGUGCGUGUGUCGGUUGGCUGUUAGCCUGUGAAGAUUGGCUGGAAAGCUAAAGACUUUUGGAGAGACUUCCUUAAAUUUGAUGUCACAUGUUUAUGCUUGUGGCGCACUAGAUAUCAAGAUUUCAUUUUUUAUUUAUUCUUUUGUCUAAAUCGGAUAUGAGUUAAUGUAAUUUGAUCAUGGUUGGUAUCUGGGAAUCUUGUUACAAAAGAGUAGAGAGGAAAAGGGCUUUAACUUUCUUAAAUUCAUGCUGAUUGUCUCUCUGUAGUAAGAAUCUUUGGGAUCUUUUGUUUAGAUUUCCAUUUGGUUGAUAACAUCUUCUGACAUGGUGACACAGUCAUGAUGUUGGAAUUCCAUGUUGUGAGCAGAAGUAUCUGUGGAGGGGAUAUGGGGCAUUUUUCUUCGAUGUUCAAUGGGCUGGCGAGGUCGAUUUCUUCAAUCAAGAAAACGAGAAAUUUGAAGAACAAUGAUGAUGGGAAAGAGGCUGUUAAAGCUAUGGCGAAGGAUGCCAAGAAAAAUGAGUUGAUAUUGAGGUCAUCAGGAAUCGUGAAUGUAGAUGGCUCCAACAACUUGGCCUCAGUUUACUCAAAGAGGGGAGAGAAAGGUGUGAAUCAAGAUUGCUGUAUUGUUUGGGAGGAAUUUGGGUGUCAAGAAGACAUGAUAUUCUGUGGGAUAUUCGACGGGCAUGGUCCGUGGGGGCAUUUUGUGGCGAAGAAUGUUAGAGACUCGAUGCCUUCGUCUCUUCUCUGCAACUGGCAAGAAACACUUGUUGAUGCUGCAGUUGAUCCUGAUUUCGAUUUGGGGUCCCAGAAGAAGCUCCAUAGCUUCAACAUAUGGAAGCAUUCCUAUUUGAAGACGUGCGCAGCCGUUGAUCAGCAGCUUGAGCACCACCGCAAGAUUGAUGCAUUCAACAGCGGCACCACAGCCUUGACAAUUGUUAGGCAGGGAGAAAAUAUGUUCUUAGCAAAUGUGGGAGACUCGCGUGCUGUGCUGGGUACGCCUUCUGAUGAUGGGGAUAUGGUGGCAGUGCAGCUCAGCACGGACUUCAAACCUAAUCUACCUCAGGAGGCGGAGCGAAUAACAGAGUGUAAUGGGAGAGUAUACAGCCUGGAUGAUGAGCCAGGGGUUCACAGAGUGUGGUUGCCACAUGAGGAUUCCCCGGGGCUGGCAAUGUCUCGAGCCUUCGGGGACUACUGUGUCAAGGACUUCGGCCUCAUUUCUGUGCCUCAAGUCAUUCACAGACAUAUAACAAGUAAAGACCAGUUCGUGGUGCUGGCCACAGAUGGGGUUUGGGAUGUUGUAUCGAAUGAAGAAGCAGUACAGAUAGUGUGGGAGUGUGAGGAGAGGGGCAAAGCUGCGAAGCGGCUGGUGGAGCGGGCGGCUGAUGGGUGGAGGAAGAAGAGAAGAGGAAUAGCUAUGGAUGAUAUAUCAGCAAUUGUACUCUUUUUUCAUUCAUCUUCUUCUUCUCACCAAUUUCAAAUUGUACCUACGCUCAAGUGAAUGCUAUUUUCCAAGAAGUUGGGGAUCAUGCCCAUUUACUUAUAACCGGAAUCUUUAAGAAUAUGAAUGCCGUUUUAGAUUUACCCAAA